UCUACUUUUGGCGCCAGAUGGAUAAUAAAUUAAUAAAUGCUGAGAUGACUAGCUACAUCAUCCGUAUGUGACACAAGAAUAUUUACAUUUAAUAGAGGGUAUUCUUGUAAUCUCUCAUAUUACUACUCUAACGCCUUGCGAUGCUAAAACGACUUGGCUCAUGGGACGGACGGAGGGAGUAGUGGUUUAGAACAAACAGGCCCUAGAUGGUCCACGAUCUAAACGUGAUUUUUUUUCUUCUAAAAACAACGCUAAAAAAAUCCGGCCCACUUUACCGUUGCGGCGGACAAGCAGAGUCGCGGCGGCCGAACCGCCACCUCCCUUUGCGCCUCACUCAUCAGUCAUGGCGUCGCUGCCGCCUGGACCUCCGGCGUGGUCGGUGACCCUGAGCCUAAGGCACCGUGGCGGGCUGGAGAUCCGUGCCGCCGCGGAGAACUUGCUCCCAGGGUGGGGCCGCGGCGGGGAGCGCAUGUCCCUCCUGCUCCGCCUCCGCCGCUGCCUCCUCCUCUCCGUCACAUCCAAUUGCGGCGGUCGUCCCGCGGCGACCACACAGCCCGGGCCGCCGCCGCGCGGCAGCAGGGUCGUCCGCUUCCUGCGGAGCAGGUGGGCGCGGCUGCCGCGGGCCACCUCCAUUUGGAGGCGCAAGAAACAGCCCCCGGCGCGCGCCGCCGUGCCGCCGGACUGCCGGGACCAGGUGACCCGAUCCCACAUGUUAUUUAAACACUCGCUUCAUCGGUGUAUCCAGUUCCUGACUGGUUUCAGACUUUCUGGCUUCUUGCCUGCCUGCCUGCAGCGGAGUCGAACGCUGGCGCGGCCUGUCUUCUGGGCAACGGCAUCGACGCCAGCGGCGACGACGCGGUUCGUCGUCGUCGUCGUCGUCGCCGCCCUUGCCGUGACCGUGUCUAUCGUCACGGCGUUCCGCAUCACGGGCGGCAUCAGCAACCGGAGAGGAGGCUGCGACAGCAAACCGAUUGCGCGAUGGGCCAGGUUGUUGGAGUUGCUGGAGCAUCCCCCUCUCAACUGCAACUACAGGUGUCUCCUUGGUGCGCCAAAGCGAGGGCUGGAGUGGAUCUUCAGCAAGUAGAUGUUCUGUCAGAUGAAAGCCACCUGCGUUGCGUAGGAGCUAGGAAAGGUUCGAUCUGACUGCUGAUAGUAUCCUAGGUUAAUUUAGAGUUUGUGUUAUACAUGACGACUGGGAUCGAUAUCUGCAUGAGCAUGGCAGGCAUUCAAGGAGCAAGUUCGUCACAGCCACUUCAGUUUGAUCUGGUUCUGUGUGCAUUUGCAAUAGCAAUUCAGUGGUUGUCAACACGGUUAUGUAUUUAUAUAAGAUGAAUUGGUCUUCAACAUUUCUUUUCUUUUUUAAAAAAGGGUUGCCAUAGCAGGGAUCUGGCAUUGUGAGAGUUGCAAUUUCAGAGUAUAAAAGGCCCAGUGAAUCUAAUUGCUAUA